CUUCCGGCGCUCGUCUCGACGCUUAUCCUUUCUGUUUAGAAAACAGAGCUUCUGUAAUAUACAAUUCAAUUAAACCGAGUUAAAACAGCGACAGAAGAGCCUCCAGGAGACCACAUCCAAGUGCUACAGAGAAUGUUGGCUACAGGGGCGGCUGUAACCACUGCACUGGCGCAGGUGGACCGGGAGAAGAUCUACCAGUGGAUAAAUGAAUUGUCAAGCCCAGAGACCCGUGAGAAUGCUCUACUGGAGCUCAGCAAGAAGCGGGAAUCUGUUCCGGACCUGGCGCCCAUGCUGUGGCAUUCCUGUGGCACCAUUGCUGCUCUUCUACAGGAAAUUGUAAAUAUAUAUCCUUCCAUAAACCCACCAACGUUAACGGCACACCAGUCUAACAGAGUUUGCAAUGCCCUGGCACUUCUGCAGUGUGUAGCGUCACAUCCAGAAACAAGGUCUGCAUUUCUCGCUGCUCAUAUCCCACUCUUUCUCUACCCCUUUCUGCACACCGUCAGUAAAACACGCCCUUUCGAGUACCUGCGCCUCACCAGUCUUGGAGUCAUAGGAGCUCUAGUGAAGACAGAUGAGCAAGAAGUGAUAAACUUUUUGCUAACCACAGAGAUCAUUCCCCUCUGCCUGCGUAUCAUGGAGUCUGGCAGUGAGCUUUCCAAAACGGUUGCUACUUUCAUACUUCAAAAAAUUCUCUUGGAUGACACAGGGCUGGCAUAUAUCUGUCAAACCUAUGAGCGCUUUUCCCAUGUUGCUAUGAUACUGGGGAAGAUGGUCCUACAACUGUCAAAAGAACCCUCUGCUCGCCUCCUGAAACAUGUUGUCCGCUGUUAUCUCCGCCUCUCUGACAAUCCUAGGGCACGUGAAGCCCUCAGGCAGUGCCUGCCUGACCAACUCAAGGACACAACCUUUGCUCAGGUCCUGAAGGAUGACACCACCACCAAACGCUGGCUGGCGCAGCUGGUGAAGAAUCUGCAGGAGGGGCAGGUGACAGACCCCCGGGGGAUCCCUCUUCCUACCCAGUAAAUCCAGAUCAGGCGGACAACUGGAGGUGGUGGGGGUGGGGGGAGUUCAAUACAUUGCUCAUAGGAAGCUCAACAGUAGCCAGUUUGUUUAAGGUGAUCCAGUUGGUUCUUUGGGAUUAGUCGACCUGUGUGAGUGGUCGUGCUACAUGCGCAGCAGGGGUGCUCUGCAGCUUACAAGUCUCAACAGUUUCACAGACUUUUGCACUCGCAGGGCAACUACAUUUAAACGUUCUAGAACCUUUCCUUUGGAGAUAACCUAAUAGGUGUUCAGAGCUGGUUCAACUUUUGACUAAGAUGUGGAUGGCACAGACCAACAAACUUACCACUGAUCUUCAAUGAACCCUCUGUGCUCCAGGCCAGCAUCCCAAAUACUGAGCUACUUCCCGUAGCUGUGCUAACUCUUGUAUAUCGCAACAUCUGCUUGAAUACCUACACAAUGUCAUGUAAAGGAGAUGGAUACUGUACUAUAAUCUACUUUAUGUACUAUACACCUAGAAAAUGCAAUAAUCCAGUAAUCCUAGUGAACACAGAGGAUUUCAAUAACAACCAGUGAUCGCCUUAAAUACAAAUGUAACCCAUAUGUUUAACUGUUCAAGCAUUUGUAUAUUUACCAGCAGUUCUGGCUAUUCGACUACUACUCGAUAACUAGAUUUAUGUGUCCAUUUAGGUUAUGCAGGUUAACAUUUGUUUCAGUAAAUAUACAUGCAUAUGAGACCCCCACUUUACCAAUACAUCCAUGCUUGAUUUCUAUUUAAUUUUUCUCGUGUUCAUUUUGAGCUAAGUUUAGAUAAACUAGAACUAUACAGAGCAUCCAGAUUCAUCUGUUCUAGACAGAACUAUGUGCUCUAAAUGAAAUGCAUCAAACCCUUAUUCUUUGAAACCUAUUUUUGAUGUAGUAGGUACAAAAAGGCACAUUUGCAAUGUAAAUAAUUUGUACUGGUAUGAAAUACAAAAUCCUUUUACGCGCUUGUGUAAUUUUAUAUUUGUGCCGUUUGUGAACGAGCCAAAUUUUCCCAAAACCAGGAACAUUGCAUAUAGACUGAUGUCGAAUGUUUGUGUACAUGUGCUUUUUGGGGGUGUUUUUGCACACACAAUCAUUGAGAGUUAUUGUCCCUUUUGCAGGGUAGAGUUUAAACAAUGCUGUUGUCUGCAGUGUUAUUUCAGGAUGUCGAAACAAGAAGCGGCUCUUCAGAUAUUAACCCUACAGCAAGGUUGUCGUCCAUUUUCACAAAAAACUGUUGUGUUGAAAAUAAAGAUAUAUACUUGGUAUUAUUCUUGCAUUCAAAGAGCAGCAUUUCCUGUACUGUAAAUCUGCCGUGAUCACGUCUUUGGAUGAUAUUUUGAACUAUUAAAACUGGUAGCUCUUCA